AUAGGGUCCUUGGCUGAGUCUGAAAAUGAAAGUGAAGAAGACAGAUUAACAGGAGAAGAGUACACAUAUUCAUCUAAUACAAGUUUCAUAUGGCACUGAACCUUUGUAAAGACAUGAAGACCUCAAGAAAUGGCUAAACCUGAGUGUUUUUGUGCUAGAUUUGAUGAAGAGUGAAGAGUCAUGGGAAAAUAUAAUAGGACAAGGGAUAUGAGAACCAUUUGGAUUUGGAAACCCAUGCUGGCUGUCCAGAAUAUGAAAGUUGGCGUCUUCCUUUUGUGGUGGGGAUGGGUUUUGACCACUGAAGGCAGACAGCACUGGCAAGGAAGAGAAGCACACGAGAUGUCUAAGAAAGGCAGCCCAAUUCUGAAGCGAAGCCCUGAUAUCACCAAAUCGCCAUUGACCAAGUCAGAGCAGCUGCUGAGGAUAGACGACCAUGAUUUCAGCAUGAGGCCCGGCUUUGGAGGUCCGGCCAUUCCUGUUGGUGUGGAUGUGCAGGUGGAGAGCUUGGACAGCAUCUCGGAGGUCGACAUGGACUUCACGAUGACCCUCUACCUGAGGCACUACUGGAAGGAUGAGAGGCUGUCCUUCCCAAGCACCAACAACCUCAGCAUGACCUUUGACGGCCGGCUGGUCAAGAAGAUCUGGGUCCCUGACAUGUUUUUCGUGCACUCCAAGCGCUCCUUCAUCCACGACACCACCACAGACAACGUCAUGCUGCGGGUGCAACCCGACGGCAAAGUGCUCUACAGCCUCCGGGUUACAGUGACUGCAAUGUGCAACAUGGAUUUCAGCCGAUUUCCCCUGGACACACAAACAUGCUCACUUGAAAUUGAAAGCUAUGCUUAUACAGAGGAUGACCUCAUGCUGUACUGGAAAAAAGGCAACGACUCCUUAAAGACAGAUGAACGGAUCUCACUCUCCCAGUUCCUCAUUCAAGAAUUCCAUACCACCACGAAACUGGCCUUCUACAGCAGCACAGGCUGGUACAACCGUCUAUACAUUAACUUCACUUUGCGUCGCCACAUCUUCUUUUUCUUGCUCCAAACUUACUUUCCUGCCACCCUGAUGGUCAUGUUGUCCUGGGUGUCCUUCUGGAUUGACCGCAGAGCUGUACCUGCCAGAGUCCCUUUAGGUAUCACCACGGUGCUGACCAUGUCCACCAUCAUCACGGGCGUGAACGCCUCCAUGCCCCGCGUCUCCUACAUCAAGGCGGUGGACAUCUACCUGUGGGUCAGCUUCGUGUUCGUGUUCCUCUCGGUGCUGGAGUACGCGGCCGUCAACUACCUGACCACCGUGCAGGAGCGCAAGGAGCGGAAGCUGCGGGACAAGCUUCCCUGCACCUGUGGAAUGCCCCAGCCACGCGGGGUCAUGUUGGAUGGCAGCUACAGCGAUGGGGAGGUAAAUGACCUGGGCAACUACACCCCAGAGAAUGGAGAGAAGCCGGACAAGAUGAUGGUACAGCUGACCUUGGCCUCGGAAAGGAGCUCUCCCCAGAGAAAAAGUCAGAGGAGCAGCUACGUGAGCAUGAGGAUUGACACCCAUGCUAUUGAUAAAUACUCCAGGAUAAUUUUUCCAGCAGCAUAUAUUUUAUUCAAUUUGAUAUACUGGUCUAUUUUCUCAUAAAUGCCUGUAACUCUAUACAUUUCUCAUUCUUCUGUCUGUACCACAGAUGUACCUGUAUGAUGAAAGUAAUUUAAGGUAAUGAUGAAAUUAAAGUUCCCACUACCUACCUUUCUCUGUCUUUCCAAGACAUUGACAAGACAUUUAUGGUUUAAUUUGUACUUACUAACCACCUCUUAUAUCCACAGCAUUCUACUCGGUGCUGCAGGAAUAGGACAUCCGUAGCAACUGGUGAUAGUUGUUAACCAGGAUGCCUUGGAAAAGCACACCGCCAGUGUUGUGGACACAUUGUAGUUCAACCUCUUUUAGAGCCUAGGUGCUUAUUCACAGGAAUGACCCCCUAUGUCCUUGUAUUCUCUGGACUUGGUGGAAUUGGGAAGCACCUAGAGUUCACUUGCAUGGCAUAUACAUGCACCUAAAUCCCCACUUUGACCAAAAUUUAUGCUUCACUUCAUAGUCUAUUCCCUAUUUUUCAAUGUGUCUCCUCAUGUUUAUUUUAAUACAAGGCAAUAAUAAUACUCCUAUUUUUAUUCGUCUUAUGGCUCAUAAGGUUUCACCUCUUUCAGAAGCAAAGCUCUUUAGAUUGGUGCAAUGGCUUCUGACUUGGGGGGAAUUUCCCUGGUAGGGAAACUGAGAGGUUCUAUGCACACAGUCAGUUCUGUCAUAGAGAUAACUAGCCUAGAAAACCUGUGUUUCAGUGCUUCCUGUUUCAUAAUCACUGUUUCAUGGAGCUCCACCUUGGAGUAUGUCCUAGUUCAAAGUGAAGUCCUUUCUCAGUAGUGUGAUAUUUUUACUGAGGAACUUGGGAAUAGACCGUUUUCUGCAUAAACAUUUUAAGAAAAUGCAUAAUUAGGGGCAACCUGUAACCCACUGGGAUGAAAAUGCUCACGUGGUUUCUGAAAAAAAAAAGAACAGAAAGAAAAAGAAAUGGGAAGACAUCACUGAAGAUCUCCAAUUACGCUUAGUGAAUGCCAGCAUUUUCUGUGAACCAGAAAACAAUGGCCACCUCCUGCCAGGACAAGGGAGAAAUGAGAGGGUCCUAAUUUGAUGUAUUAUUUAAAAAUUGAGAAGUUAUUAAUACUAUAUAUCUACAGGAACAACCCCCACCAAACUCAUCCAAACAGCAUUUGUUUGAAACUCACUUUAAUAAAGUGAAUUCUAUACACAAUGAUGUCUUUUUCUUUCCAAAGUUAAUUGGAUUGAGCACCCAUACUAAAUAACAUCAUAUUUCUUCAUAUGAGAACUACAUUCUCAUAUGAAAAUAAAAC